AUGAUGAUUCAAAUCAUAACGAAAGCGACUCGAAGCAGUGGGCUGCAUUUGUCUAACCACUGGCGCCACAUGCAGGGUGUAGAACGGGGAAAUUGAGGCGUGAGUAGCGGGGUAAGCGCCAUUAAUCCCUGACUCGCCUAUCAAAGGAUAUGAUUGACAGUUUACAUCUAGGUAUACUGCCAUUCUUGGCUACAAUUCCAGUAUUUGUCACACAAGCCAACUUGGAGCCAGUGGAAGACAAACGCAAGAGUAUGCUGGUGGACACUGGACAAGGUGAGCAAGGCUAUUGCAUGACUUUUGAUAGUAAUGUAAACUGUGAAGUGUGUAAUGACAGUGAGCCAAACCGCGCGUGGACUGAGAUGGGAUGUUUUCAUGGGGAUACUAUAUGUGAUCCAUCUCUGCAGCGAGCAACUUGCCAUGUUUACUGGGGUAACCAGCCGGGAGUUGAACAAAUAAACGAUCCAGCAGAUGCUGGUCCGAAAAACAGGAAAGUUAACAACAUAGCCUCACUAGAUGGGCGAAAUGACGCAUAACAGCUUGGAUGCACACAUAGUUUCAAAUCAACAGUAGCACGGGUAAUGGAGCAGCUAG